AUGGCCACGGCCACGACCGGCUCCGGCUCCGGCUCCCCCGGGCCCGGCUCCCCGGCGCCCCCCGACCGGGAGGCGGUGCCGCUGGUGGCGCUGAACUUCUCGGUGCGGCGGCGGCUCGGGCUCUACCUCAACCCGCGCGCCCCGGUGGCCGCCGACUGGACGGCGCUGGCCGAGGAGCUGGGCUACGAGUACCUGGAGAUCAAGCACCUGGAGGCGCAGCCCGACCCCACCGCCCGCCUGCUGGAGGACUGGCAGGGCCGCUGCCCCGGCGGCGCCACCGUGGGCCGCCUGCUGGCGCUGCUGCGGGCCCUGGGCCGCCACGACAUCCUGGCCGACCUGGGCGGCCGCAUCGAGGAGGACUGUAAGAAGUACCUACAGAGGAAAGAGCAGCCUGUUCAGGUGCCAGCAGUUGACAGCAGUGUCCGGAAGACAUUAGAGAUGUCCGGCAUCACUACCAGAGAUGAUCCUUAUGGGAACACACCAGAGCUGUUCGAUGCCUUCAUCUGUUACUGUCAAAAAGACAUUCACUUUGUCCAAGAGAUGAUCAGAGAGCUGGAACAAACGGAUUUCAAGCUGAAGCUGUGUGUGUUUGAUCGGGAUGUCCUGCCAGGAUCGUGUGUGUGGUCCAUAACUAGCGAGCUUAUAGAGAGACGGUGUAGGAAGAUGGUGGUUGUUAUUUCAGAUGAUUACCUAGACAGCAAUGAAUGUGAUUUCCAGACCAAAUUUGCUCUUAGCCUUUCCCCAGGUGCUCGCCAGAAACGGCUGAUUCCAGUCAAGUGCAAAUCCAUGAAGAACGAGUUUCCAAGCAUCUUGAGGUUCAUUACAGUCUGUGACUACACUAAUCCCUGCACCAAAAAAUGGUUCUGGAUAAGACUGGCAAAAUCCCUCUUGCUUCCAUGAGGCAAAGCUACAUGAGCCAGGUGCCUUUUGAUCCAGCAUAGCUGUGCCUUCAGGAAAAAAAGAAACUCUUAACUUCCAGGUGUCGUUUAUACAGUCUUUCAACACGCCAGAACUUUGAUCCUUGCAAUAUUGUGCCUGGGGCCUCCAACAGACACACAAGGGUUAUCUGAAGGGGGGCUUAAUUGCAUUAAAUGGGGAGUUAAUUAGAGUACAGUGGCCACAAUGCACUUCUCCAGGUGGGUAACUUUAAAUGGCCAAAGCCACAAACCGUAGAUGUUGUACACAAAUUAUAUAUGGUUUUAAACACCGUUACAUGGCUCCCAUAAUGGUAUCUGGGCAUUGUCAGGAGAAUCGUUUCUCUCUUUAAUCCUUGAUGAAAUCUGAUGGCUGAUUGCUGACCUGUGUGAAAUGAGUUUGGGGGUCUCAGUGUGGUUCCUAGUGGACAAAUACUAUGAAAAUCAUUGAUACUGGCACCCUGCUUGGUAGAGAGGCCAAGGAUUGAACUACCCUUUUGUUCCCUAGAGGCUACCCCUCCAGAUCCGGGUUGUAGCAGACUGGAAGGGCAGUUUCCAUUGUACCUGCUCUCUAGCUAUACGGAGGACUUCAAUCUCCAGGACUCUCUUGUAUUUAAUGAGCAUCAAAUUUACUUAAAACAAUGUUUAAGUACCUAAAAGAUAUUAACCGACCUCCCAUUAUUCUUAGCAAUAUCUGACUCUUGAGAAAUGACUGAAGUGAGUUUAUUUUCUGUUUAAUAUUUUUUUCUCAAUUUUGGUCUUUUAAAACAUUUUAGGUCCUAGUGCAACCUGUUCAGAGAGUUAAUUACUUAUGUAACUCCCCUAUGGCUGACAUCCUCUGGAACAGCCUUCUGACCUUGACCAAUGAAUGAUUGGUUCUUCGUUAAAAGCAAAAGCCAUAGAGAAACGUAUACUAAAUAACGAGGGUGCUGCUUAUAGCACGAAUGUCUGUCCGUCUGUGCACAUGUCCCAUUUAACUAAGUGAUCGCUCUUACAUCAGCACUGGGAAAUCAUAGAUCCUAUAAUGUUUACAACAGAUCAUUCUCACGUCGAUGGCUCAGUCUUGGAUUUGUAUUGGAGGAUUGAACCCUUAACACACAAGGUGCUGAAUACCUUCAGCUUCCAUUGACUUGAGUGGGAGAAUUGAGCUGAGAACUUUCUGGAAGCAGCUGAGAACUUUCUAGGAGCAGCCCCUAAAUCAUUUGGCUUCUAAGAAUCUCGCAGAACACACUGGCUUUAGAAUGUCCCAAUACCAAAAGGUGAAGUGUUUGACAAAGCGUGCCUUACAUUAUAGACCAGACCUACCUAAAAACAAAUAGUAAUGUUGUUUUAAUAUGAACAUGGCAUAUUUUAAUUAAUAUAUUAUGAUACUGUGAUUAAUUAAUCAGUAUACUUUAAAUCUAAAAGAAUCCCCGGUUGCUUGCAUGAGUGAGGUUAGGAGUAGCACUUUGUUGCUGUAGUUGUAUGCAUCGUGUGGAUCAGAGGCUCUGUAUGAUCCAGCCCUUAUGGAAACUUGUGUGUGUGGGUUUUUUUUGUUUUUUCCCCCAAAGGUGACACUUUUAAAACAACCUGUCAAGGUCUCAAACAGGGUUUUGGUAAAUGUUUACUUUCCAAAGCGAUGUGGUUUUCCUGUGCCUACAUAUCUGUAUUUGCUGCAUGUUGGUUCAUUCCUUCAGCCACUGAUUUGCUAUUGAUUUUACUGCUUAACAUGAGUUACUCAUAUACGUUUUCAAACAGUAGCCGAUCAUCCGUUUCUUGACUAUUCGUUGCGAUACUAACUGUGUUGAAUUCUUCUGUUUGAAAUGUCUGUGUCUGUGUGUCUGUAAAGUACAUUAAUGUCUACUCAUAAGAUGUUGCUAUAUUUUUUACCAACUUCGUUUUGCCCGCUAGGUCUCUUGUAAUAGACAAGCAAUACCUAUUGCUGUGAACCUCAGUUAACUGAAGCUUGUUAAUGCUCCUAGCAUCGGUGCUGGGGAACACUUUUGGAUGGGCCUGUAAAACACACUUUUUUCCGUCUCUCCCAUUAACAUAACGGUCUCCACCACUUUAAUGAGAUCACCUGCACAGGUCUGUCCUGAGGAUGUUGUGGGAAUUAGUGAGAGAACUCUGGGGAAAACCCCAAACGUAACAGAUCUAAACGGAUAUAAAUGUAUCUCCUGGUCCUCUUGUCCUCGGUGCAGAAGUGAAGCACAGCUGCUUAUCUUGGGAUUCCUGCAUAGUUUCUAAAUGUCAGUUAUAUAAAUAUCCUGGGGUUCUGAGGACUGCUAGGCCCUCAGCCAUUGUAGGGAAUUGGAUUGGUUUUGUUUGCUGAAUAUUAGCACUUCCAUAGUGUUUUACAAACAUGAAUACACCAGCGGUGGGAUUGAAUCUGAUAUGUUUGGAUCUAAAACCAUGAGCUUCUUUUGAAUGACUAGGUCUAUUAACUCCAAAGGCUGUAGCAGAAACAUGAAACUCUUCAUGGUCCAGCCACUAGGGGGGUACAGUGAGCCACACUUAUACCUCCUAAUCCCACUGGCUGGCAGGGGAGAAUUGUCCCCAGUUCACAGAGGGGAAACAGGCACAGAAAGUUUAACUGACUUAUCCAACCUUGCACCUUGAGUCACUGGCAAAGCAAGGACUGGAACCCCAUUCCCUAACUCAUAGUGUCCUGUUUUCAGUAGGAAAUGUUUAGCACAGAGAGUGAACUCUUUGGCAGAGACUAUAAUUUUACAACAUGUUUGUACGGCACCGUCUGUGAUGGGCCCUGAUCUCUGGUUUGGGCCUAUAGCUGCUACAGCAAUGCAAAUAGUAAAAUCUGCAUAUUUACUAGGUGAUUAAAUGACAGCUGAAUAUCUCUGCUCUCUGAAUAGAGACGAUGCUGCUUUUGCAAGGAAAGAAACAGCAGCAUCUUCAUCAUUACUAGUUCAUCCAAACAUACCUGGAUGAAUUUACCAUUCCAAAUAAAAAAGACCUCAGAGGUUGGAUAAGAUCAUAUUGUCACCUAAUCUCUCUGUGCUUUGGUUUCUUCACAUCUCUGUCUCAGUAGAAAGCUGCUGUGCUUUAUAAGUGCAAAAUAUUGUUAGUGAAUGGCACGUGCAUGUACUCAACUUUUUAAAAUCAAGUUAAAAGUUCUUAAGUAGACUAAAAUAACUCUACUGGGGUUAGAAGUUAUCAUCCCAGCAACAUAAGGUCUGGAGGUUUAAAGAGUUAUUUCUGUAAUAUACUGUAAGCCAGUGUCCCCAAACUUUUUAUGUCAUGCUGUCCCUUAUGUAAUCUAUCCAGGCCGCUCCUGAGGACUGGGAGCCAAGGCUGGGGCUGGAGCUGGAGCUGCAGAUGGGGACAUGACUGGGAGGGAAGCCAGGCCAUUGUCGGGGGUUGAAGCUGGGGCCUCAGUUGGGGGCUGGGCUGGGGCCAGAGCUGGAGUGAAGCUGGAGGCAGAACGUGGCUGGGUGGUCUUCCCUCCCAACCCCUUGUGGGGGCUCGCCCGGGCCCCACUGCACCACCUGAACGUUUCUCCAUGCCCCCCUAAAGGGGCACGACUCACAGUUGGGGACUGCUGCUGUAUGCUAAAGCAAUCUCAAGAUCCUAUGCACUUCUGAUGUCAUAAAUCUCUUCUGAGUGUGACUUCUCCUUAAGUCAUAAAAUCUUAUUUAUUCCAAAUGCAAUUCAAUUGCAACGGAGUGUUUCUCCCCCCUUCCGCCUAUUCCUGUGCAUAGGAAUGUGUUUUUAAAAAACUACCCACAAAUGAUGUUGGUUGCAUUGUAUUUUUUUAUCUCACUUUAAAACAAUUAUAGCUGUGCUUGUUAAUAUCAAAACACUUAUCUGUAUAUUUGCAUUAUUUUCUGUCCAUUCUGAUGUCCAGCUUUUGAAGGACAUACGUGUUUUAUAUUCAACUGUUCCACUGGUUGGUUCUUUUUAAAAAGUUUUGCUACUUUUGAAAUUGUGCGAAAAAUAAAGACUGAAGAAAAGCAA